AGCGUCAGGAAAGGUAGACAGGGAAGCAAAGGGCGCUCCUUUCUGCGCCUCUCCUGCUUGCUUCCAAGCCUGGAAGAGAGCCCUUUUCUCUGCCGCCGCCUUGCAGGAAGGGAUGCCGGAUCGAAGCCGCCCAGCCCUGGUCCGGGGGAGAUGGUCCCGCUGAUGCGGCUCCUGCUGGCCUCCUGCUGGCUCCUGGCGCUGCUCCCUCCUCCGGUUGAGCCCAUCUGCCCAGAGCCAUGCGACUGCCAGCAGCAGCAGCACCUCCUCUGCACCAACCGGGGCCUGAGGGCGGUCCCCAAAGCCCUGGAGCCACAGGACAUCCUUACCUACAGCCUGGGGGGCAACUUCAUCGCCAACAUCUCAGCUUUCGACUUCCACCGCUUGGGGUCGCUCCAGCGUCUGGACUUGCAGUACAACCGCAUUCAGACCCUGCACCCCAAGGCCUUUGAGCGCCUGGGCCGCCUGGAGGAGCUUUACCUGGGCAACAACCUCUUGGCAGCCUUGACGCCAGGCACCCUGAGGCCCUUGGCCAAGCUGCGCAUCCUCUACAUUAAUGCCAAUGAGAUCGGCUACUUGAGCGCGGCAUCCUUUGCCGGCUUGGGCAGCUUGGUCAAGCUGCGGUUGGAUGGGAACACCUUGGGUUCGUUGGGGGAUGCCACAUUUGCGGGGCUGACCAACCUGCUCUAUUUGCACCUGGAGGCCAACCGGAUCCGCUGGUUGAGCCGCAAUGCUUUCGCUGGCUUGGGCAAACUGCGUUUCCUUGACCUGUCUGGAAACCAGCAGAGUUUGUUGCGCCAUCCAGACACUUUCCGGCCUCUGAAGUUGCUUAGCACCCUCCUGCUCUCGGGCAACAACAUCCAGCAAUUGGGGAAAGGGCUGUUUCAGCACCUAAACAACCUGGCCAAAUUGUCAUUGAGCGGCAACCGACUGGAUUGGUUGGCACCAGAUGCUUUUGCAGGGCUAGCGGCCCUCAAGGAAUUGCACUUGGAAGGAAACUUGCUGAGCCAACUGCCACCCCAUCUACUGCAGCCGCUCCGCAAUCUAGAGGUGUUGGACUUGAGCCACAACCGGCUGCUUGGCUUCCAUCCUGAUGCCUUUGUGCACUUGCACAAACUACGAGAGCUCAGUUUGCAGGAAAAUGCACUGGUCACGGUCUCUGGAGACCUCUUUGCCUCCAGCCCAUCUCUUUACCGGUUGGAGCUUGAUGGCAAUCCCUGGAGCUGCGACUGCCGCUUGCGAGGUUUGAAGCGUUGGCUGGGCUCCUGGCACUCCCAGGGAAGGCUCCUGACUGUCUUUGUGCAGUGCCGCCAACCACUUUCCCUGGCAGGAAAGUACCUUGAUUACCUUGAGGAUGUGCAGCUCCUCCCUCCUGUGAAUGGAACUUCUUGUUCCGAGGAGUUGGCCUCUCCUUCUCCAGAUUACCAAGGGAACAGCAGCUUCGGCCCCUUAGCUGAGAAGCUCAGCUCCUUGCCUUCUCUGUCAUCCAUGGUGGGCUCCCAGAACAUGGUAGCCCCAGUGCAGGAAGGAGGAGACCAGGGCAUUGAUUCAAGCCCCACAACUUCAAGGCCUAGCUUGCUUAUUAGUACAAGGCCACUUUCUCCUGACCCAGCUUGGCCUAGGAGGGCAGGAAAACACUACUUGGUCUCUUCGGUGUCUGGCACACCACCGCUGGUCACCGACCCCUGUGAUUUCAACAAGCUGUUUCUGUACAACUUGUCAGUAGAGGCUGUGAGCACCAAUGCUGUGACUGUGCGCUGGGGGGUCCGCCCCCAUCGCAGUCCUCGCUUGCUAGGGCCUGUGCGCUUCAGGAUCCUCUUUGAUCGUUUUGGAGCAGCAGUCAAGUUCCAGCGUUUUGUGUACAUCCCUGAAUGGAGUGAGCCAGUAACCACGUUGCAGGAGUUGCAUCCGGAUACUCCUUACUUGGUCUGUGUGGAGGGUGUGAUGGGAGGCCGCGUUUGCCCCGUGGCCCCACGGGACCAUUGUGCAGGGCUGGUCACCUUGCCAGAAGAGGGUACAGGGGCAGCAGCCGCUGUGGCAGAUGGGGCCCGAAGCUUAGACCAGCAGCUCCUCACCCUUGUGCUGUUGGCAGUCAAUGCGCUGCUUCUCUUCCUGGCCCUAGCAGCCUGGGCCUCCCGCCUGGUGCGGAAGAAGGUGCUGGGCUGCCGACGGCGUAAAGCAGCAUCACCGGUACAUGUGAGGCAGAUGUAUUCAACUCGUCGCCCCCUUCGCUCCAUGGGCACUGGUGUCUCUACUGACUUUUCUGGCUUCCAGUCCCAUCGUCUGCCCCGGAGCACUGUCUGUGCUCUCAGCGAGGCUGACCUCAUUGAGUUUCCCUGUGAACGCUUCAUGGACAGUAGUGCAGGAGGAAACAGCAGUGCCCGGCGGGUAGAGGAUAACCUCUUGCAACGCUUUGCAGACUAAAGACUAGCCCAGGUUACAUUGGGAUUGAAUAGCUGCUGGUGUUAUGAUUUGGGAAUGGUGACCUCUGUUGGCUAUAUGGAGGUGUGCAACUGGCAUGCAAAAUUAUGGUUUAUUAAACCAGGGGUUCUGUGUCUAAAAAGGAAUAAGCCUGAACAAACCUAUAUGUCUUUCUGGGGAUUAUUGAAGGUCAUUUUUUUUUACUAAAGGACCACUAUCUUUUAAUGAGGGACCAAAUCUAGUUAACGGGAUUCCACCACUAUUCUCUAUACACUACUAUUUGCUCAAGCUGCAUAGGCACUGGUUCCUGACCAUGAGCCAAUGGGAACCAAUAUGAACAAAGUCUUUGUACGUUGAGUUUCACAGCAAUCCAAUUAUCAGUUCUCAUACUGAGCUACUUUAAUUCUUUCUUUUUUGAAAAAAUAACCCCUGAUCUGUGAACAUAACUUUGUAUCCAUCAAGAACUUUGUUCUUGAUCAUUGGACUAAGAUAAGAAGAGUAAAGCGGCUGCAAUACGAGUAGGUGGUUCUAUAUGAAUGUUCACAGCUGGACUGUAUUUUGUGCCUUUCAGAAGGAUAUCUUUUGCAUCACACAGGUAUGGUAUUUUGAUACCAAUUUAACUGUUACCACUCUGUCCUAGAGGAUACUGGGGUUUGUAGUUUGGUGAAAGAAUAAUCUACUAGAGCAGUGGUUCUCAGCCUAUGGGUUUUGGCCUUGCGACUGCCACUCCCAGAAAUCCUAACAGCUGGUAAACUGGUUGGGAUUUCUGGGAGUUGUAGGCCAAAACACCUGGAGACCCACAGGUUGAGAACCACUGUCAUAAAGAACUGCAGUUGUGGAGCUAGAGCUCCCUAGUGGAGAACUCUGUCCCUCAGCAAACUACAAAUAGCACUGUGAAAUGUGGAUACACUCCAGCCUUCCAUCCACACUGCAGAAUUAUAGCAGCUUCACACCACUUUCACUGUUCUAGCUCCAUCCUAUGUAAUCCUGGAUUGGAAGUUUUUUGUGGCACCAAUGCUCAUUAACAGAAGAAUAAAUAUCUCACAAAACUACAAAUCCUAACAGUCAAUUUGUUAUCAAGCUGCUAUAAUUCUGCAGUG